AUGUUGACAUGGAAGCAAUUUUGUGGAGUUCGAGCUCGAUCGUUUCCGUGUCACAUAUACCGUCAACAUGCGUUUUGGAAUCCCCUGAGGUCAUAUAAGUCUAUACUCCAGAAGAAGACAAAACGAGGUACUGUUGAUAAAACGUCUCGAGAUAACAUCCUCCAGAGAGAAAUCCGUGAUCUUCUCAGCACCAAGCCAGAUAUUUCUAUAGAUGAUAUCAAAAUCCCCGAGAACCUUAUUUACAAAUUUCUCUUCCGGAAGAACUAUGAUGAUAUGCGUUUAAAUGACGUGAAGGUGGUGGCCAUGACCAAUGAAGGUGAUGGCCUAGCGAUGAUACGGAGAAACAUGUACGAUGACGAUGCAGAGGAAGGCGAGUACACAGUACUUGUGGUACCCAAGACCGUUACCGGAGACGUUGUCGAUGUUCUAAUACGAAGACACCAUAUGUUCUAUGCAGAAGCCGAGCUUGUAAAAGUUUCCAGAGUAUCUCGAAGAUCGAGCAAGAGAAAUGAUAAACUUGUUGUCUGUCCUCACUUUAGCAAAUGCUCGGGGUGCCAGCUCCAAAUGCUAAGCUACGAAGACCAGCUCGAGUUCAAAAAAUGCAAUAUUGAAAAGGCUUAUCGAUACUUCUACCCGGAGAUCCACGAGAAAGUGCCUGCUGGAAGCAUCAGGGUAGUCCCUUCUCCCAUGCAAUAUGCUUAUCGUACAAAGCUCACACCGCAUGCAUCACUACCUAGAAAUCUCAAGUCGUUGAAAUUACCUGUUCCUAUCGGAUUCGUGGAAGUAGGGAAUAAGUCACUGAUUAUCGAUGUUGAUUACUGUCCAGUUGCAUCACCCGUCAUCAAUCAGACUUAUCCGCUAGAAAAGGAUCGAUUUACUCGGGAACUAGAGGAAAUGGCCACAAGUGGUCAAUUUACGAAGAUUGAUCCAACAUUUACUCUUCGGCUGAGCAUUCGAAUCAAUCAUAAUACAGGAGAGUUUGAGGAGGUUUGUCUUACAAAGAAGAAGAAUGUUAUCACAGAAAAGGUUGAGGAUUACGUCUUCCAGUUUGAAGCAAACGAGUUCUUUCAAAAUAACCGAAGCAUAUUGCCGACCUUGCUAGACUUUAUCAGAACCAACUUGAAGGGCGUUCAAUUUAACUAUCUCGUGGAUGCUUAUUGUGGAAGCGGCUUUUUAGGCAUUGGAUUGUCAUCUACGCUUCCUGAUGUUGGCCUGCUAGAAGGAAAAGGAAAGCUUUUCGGAAUUGAGAUCGCUCUGAAAGCAAUAAAAUACGCCCAGCACAACGCUAAAAUAAAUGGCCUUCAUAUUCCUUCCAGGGCUGAGUAUGUGGAAGGAAAUUCAGACAACAUGUUUGUCAAGGAAGAGUUUGCCAAAUCGGGCGUCAUCGGUGAAGAGUCAGUUGUGUUGAUGAAUCCUUCCCGUAAAGGUUCUACUGUCGCCUUCAUGCAGCAAUUGCUAAACUUUCGGCCGAAAGCCAUUGUCUACGUGAGUUGCAAUCCUUUUACUCAGGCGAGAGAUUUGGCUGACUUCGAAGCACUUCAGCGCCGUUCGCUGACCAAGUAUCGCAUCAAGACUAUAAUGGGCUUUGAUUUUUACCCUCAAACCAAACACGUGGAGUCUGUUGCCAUCUUGGAGCUUGCAGAAUAA